AUGGCUAUUAGCACUGGCAGUGAUGAAUCGUCUGUAUCUGAAGAUGAGUUGGAUGCCUCUGAAGCUGAAACUGAGCAAAGAAGUACGACACCAAUUGCCAAGAAGCAAAAGAAAACAAGUUCACAAGAGCAACCUUUUAUGGACAGCUGGUCACAGCUUCCCCAGUUCAAGAAAUGGAUCCAGAGAAGAGUGGGCAACGAUCGAAAAGCGAAACCUUACUGCGGACUUUGUGAGCAGAUGUCAACUUGUUCAAAAACGGGCAUAAAACGACAUGCAACCAGCAAGAAACAUCAAAGUAGGGAGAAACUAACUACAACCACAAGGUCCCUCAGUCAUAUGGUGAGUCAUAUAAGUAAUGAUGAUGUUGCUACAGCAAUGGAAGUGAAAAUUUGUGCAUUCACAGCAGAGCAUAAUUUACCUUUGUCAAUUUUGGACAGCAUAGUCGCCUUUCUUUGCUCUCUGUUUCCAAAUGAUGAUCCAUUAAAGAAAGUGAAACUUGGAAAGCAAAAGGCCACCAAUGGUUAUUCGUCAGGUGCUCGGGUUUGA